UAUGCAAAAGACAAAAUAAAAUGUUUUUGUGAACACCGAGGAGGGAGACGACGACGACGAUAACAAACAAUGGCCUUCUCUCCUAAUCCUCUCUCUCUAAGCGUUCCCGAUCCUGCUUUCGAGUCCUGGCUCCGUGACUCCGGCUACCUCGACCUCCUCGAUCACCGCACCUCCGCCGCCGCAGCUGCAGCCGCCGCCCCCGCCUCCUCUUCCUCAUCCUCCUCAGCUGCCGCCGCCGCGCCUUCUUCGGCCUCAGACGACGUCGUCUCCUCCAUAACCGGCGGCUUCUUCGCCUCUCUCUUGUCCCGUCUCGUCACCGUCUCGUCUCUUCUGACCAUCAACCCCUUCUCGAAGCUCUCCGCCGAUGACUUCUCAGGCGACACGCCUCCGUGGACGACGGGCUUCUUCGGCGCGUGUGGCUCGUACUCGUUCCCGUCGUCUUCUCAGCAGGCGAGGAUGAGGGUUCACGAGAAUAUCAAGAGGUUCGCUAGGAAUUACGCUACGCUCUUCAUCGUCUUCUUCGCUUGUGCAUUAUAUCAGAUGCCACUUGCAUUGGUGGGGUUGUUAGCAAGUUUAGCACUUUGGGAGCUCUUCAAGUACUGUAGUGACAGGUGGAAGUUUGAUCGUCACCCUUCUGCUCGGAGACUCGUCAUUGGUAUUGGACAGUGCGCGACUGCGGUUCUUCUGACGUUUCUGAAUGUACAAAUGGCUCUUUUCUCUGCUCUUGCUGUCAGUUAUUCAGUAAUGCUAUUACACGCCGGGUUCAGGAAGCUCACUCCCUCCAAGAAACCAUCUCGAGGAAGAUAAAAGACUGUAUCAAGACAAUAGUUUUGUAUUUGGCAAUGAGAUUCUUUAGUAUUUUUGGUAGCUCAAAACCGGCGAGAUACAAACAAGAAACAUAACAGCAGCAAAGCUAAGAUGGUGGAUUAAGCAAGUUCGAAUGUUAGACAUCACACAACUUGUAAUAAGUAAAAGAGAGACUUUAUGAUUGGUGAGGAUAUAUAGUUUACUUUAGUAAAUGAUAUAUUGUUUUAACCCA